AUGGCCUCAUCGAAUACUUCAUCUGCUCCUGCCAGACCCUCCUCUUCAAAGUCGGGCCCCAAUAAGCGACCUCGCAAGCCCAAUUACAAUUACAUCCAUCGAAAUGUUCUACCCAUCCCAGUUUACCCCCUACCGCCACUAAUACCUCAUAAUCCAUUGUCGCUGGUCGCAAUCGCUCUCUCAUAUUUGGUCCAGGUCCUUUCAACUCCUCCUCAGCCGACGUACAAAGGCUAUUUCUCUUCUGCGACGUCUUCCAUUCACAUUACCGAUGUCGACACCAUUCGUAAGCUCUGGGAGAUGGGCUUCUUUGGUCGAGGGAAUCUGAGUCGUAGCGAACCCGCAUGGCUGGAAAAUCGGAAGAAAAAAGGCACCACCGCGGAAGAGAACACAACUCAGCGAAGACAGGAGAGAAGGCGACAGAAGUUGGAGCGAGCCCGGAAAGAGCAAGAGGAGGUUGAUCAGAAGUUGUCGGAGGAGUCUCAAAUGAACGGAGUGGCACAUGGUCAAGCCAGCGGGAUUCUGCAAGAGAAUGUCCUCAAAACGAAUGCGACGGACAUUACCGACAUUGGGAGUGUGCUGGAUUCCGCUAGUGGAACUGUGACGCCCGAUGUAGAGGAGGAAAGGGAGAAUGGCCCUAUCCAUGGCUAUGAUGAAUGGAAGAGAUCCAUUGAAAGAAAUGGUAUUCUGACUCCCCCACCAACGUCGACUUCAUCCGAAGCAAGCCACGUUGAAGGUCGCCCAGCACAGCGCCUACAACGCACCAAAACCGUUCGCUUCUCACCAACAAUCGAGGCCAGAGAGUUUGACUUGACGUCUCCAGUGAUCUCACCGAUUAAGAGCCCGGGAACUUCGUCUUUAGAGUCCGCGGCACCCCCUUCAACUCCGGCUCCGGUCCAGGAAGCCCAGGAGCAUUUGACGUUGUCAAUCGAAGAAGCUUUCUUCCUCUCCUAUGGUCUUGGUGUAUUGCAAGUCUACUGUGAUGAUAGUGAGACGGUCCUCCCUCCGAGUUCACUUCUGUCCUUAUUCCGGCGGCACUCGUAUCAUCCUCCGCGGUCAUUAUCAAUGCCCGCAUCACCUGAUGACCCUUUCAUGCUAUCAUAUGUGGUCUAUCACCACUACAGAUCCCUGGGAUGGGUGGUUCGUUCAGGGAUCAAGUUCUCCACUGAUUAUCUGCUUUACAACCGCGGGCCAGCAUUUUCACAUGCCGACUUUGCCGUCAUCAUAGUGCCCUCGUACAGCGAUCCAUACUGGACCGGCGAUACCCAAGUUAAAAACAACAUCGAAAACGAUCGACAGUCGAAGAGUUGGUGGUGGCUUCAUGGCGUCAACCGAGUACAGUCACAAGUUCGAAAACAGCUUGUCUUGUGCUAUGUUGACGUUCCUCCACCAUUGAAAGAGGAGGAAAAAGGAAAGGAUGUGGAUAUUGGAAUGUUGCUCUCCCGGUACAAAAUUCGGGAUAUCAAUAUCCGACGUUGGACUCCAAAUCGGAGUAGAGACUGA